AUGGAAGUGAAAGAGAAAAGUCAGCAAAUGAAUGAAGUGGAGGAGAAACACCUUCGGAAAAGAGCUCAAAAUACAGGCGCCAAAGGUUCUUUCACCUGCUUUCAGUGUGGCAAGUGUUUCACACGCAAAGAUGGCCUGAAAAGACACUCAAAUAUUCAUACAGGAGAAAAGCCUUUCACUUGCCAACAGUGUGGAGUGAGUUUCACGCGUAAAGAAAGCCUGAAAUAUCACAUGAGAAUUCACACUGGAGAGAAGCCUUUCACAUGUCUCCAGUGUGGCAAGAGUUUUCCACAUCAAGCAAACCUAAGAAGGCAUAUGAACAUUCAUUCAGGAGAGAAAUCACACUUCUGUUCUCUGUGUGGCAAGAGUUUCAAAUGCAAAAGAGGCUUGAAAAGACACUCAAGCAUUCAUACUGGAGUGAAGCCUUUUACCUGUCAACAGUGUGGAGUGAGUUUCAUGCGUAAAGAAAGACUGAAAGAUCACAUGAGAAUUCACACUGGAGAGAAGCCUUUCAUAUGCCUCCAGUGUUGCAAGAGUUUCCCACAUGAAGUAAACCUAAGAAGGCAUAUGAGCAUUCAUUCAGGAGAGAAAUCACACUUCUGUUCUCUGUGUGGCAAGAGUUUCACAUGCAAAAGAGGCCUGAAAAGACACUCAAGCAUUCAUACUGGAGAAAAGCCUUUUACCUGUCAACAGUGUGGAGUGAGUUUCAUGCGUAAAGAAAGCCUGAAAGAUCACUUGAGAAUUCACACUGGAGAGAAGCCUUUCAUAUGCCUCCAGUGUUGCAAGAGUUUCCCACAUGAAGUAAACUUAAGAAGGCAUAUGAGCAUUCAUUCAGGAGAGAAAUCACACUUCUGUUCUCUGUGUGGCAAGAGUUUCACGCGCAAAGAUGGUCUGAAAAGACACUCAAAUAUUCAUACAGGAGAAAAGCCUUUCACUUGCCAACAGUGUGGAGUGAGUUUCACGCGUAAAGAAAGCCUGAAAGAUCACAUGAGAAUUCACACUGGAGAGAAGCCUUUCACGUGUCUCCAGUGUGGCAAGAGUUUUCCACAUCAAGCAAACCUAAGAAGACAUAUGAACAUUCAUUCACGAGAGAAAUCACACCUCUGUUCUCAGUGUGGCAAGAGUUUCUUACGGUCAGCAAGUCUCAAAAAUCAUCUGCGUUAUCACACUGGAGAAAGGCCAUUUAACUGUGAUCAGUGCAGUCAAACCUUUCUUCAGGCAUCACACCUAAAGAGACACAAGAACGUUCAUGCAAAUGAGAAGUGGUACUUGUGUUCUGUAUGUGGAAAAUGUUUUUCACAGCACGACAAAUAUAAACAUCACCAGAAAAUACAUACAAAUUUGAGUGCCCAUAAGUGCCUUGAGUGUGGAAAACCCUUUACUAAAGCCUGUGAUCUGAAAGACCACCAAAGAAUUCAUUCUGGAGAUGUCAGCACGCCAGGUAAUAAUGUAUUUAUUCAUAUUUUAAAAGCUCUGUCCAAAGUUGUCACAGUGAGCAAAGUUUCAGUGUAA